AGUUAUCAAAUUAUUCUUUGGUUUGAAUACUUAAAUAAACCUAUAAUUUUAAUUAUAUUUAACAAAUCAUUAUUUAUAGCCUAUAGCCUAUAGGUUGCGAAAGAAAUGCAAUAAUUAAUUAAUUAUUAUCCUGUUAUAUGAAGUGCUAUAAUAAGUAAAAUAUUGUUUUGAUAGAAGUGCGAGAAAAAAGUUUAAAAUACUGGCGUCGAUAUUGAGUACAAUAGUGGCCGCUCUGGCGGUCACUUUACUUGUGGUCAUUGCUUCAAAUAAAGUAUCAGCCGAAGAAAAAUGCCUGACCGACGAGUGCAUACUAACUGCGGGAUACCUGUCCAGUUCAAUGGACUUUUCAGUGGAACCUUGCGACGAUUUUUAUAAGUUUUCUUGCGGCAAAUGGCAAGAAGAUCACCCGUUCCCGCAAUAUCUAACCGGAUGGGAUUACUUUAACAAAUUAUUUUAUUCAAUGCGGACAGACCUCAGAAAAAUUCUGGAUUCAAAGCCUAUCGCCGACACUCAACCGAAAGCAAUGUCAAAGUUGUAUAACUUUUAUAAGGGCUGCUCUAAUGAAGCCAUCAGGAAUGCAAAUGGAUAUUCAGCGUUAAUGAAGAAAGUGGAUGAGUUGGGAGGCUGGCCUUCAACUGAUCCCUAUUGGAACGAAUCGGUGUACGACUGGGAGGAGGCGCUCAUCAAAUUAGUUAAACUAGAUAUCUCUCCCAUCGUUGACAUUGCAGUAGUAUUGGACGCAAAGGAUACAACACAUCCUAUGAUUGAAAUUGGUACAUUCUCCAUGGCUGCCGGUUCAAACAUCCACAGCAAACAGUUUGGGAUUAAAAGGCAAAAACCAAAAGUUAAUCACUAUUUUAGCAAUUUAAACGAAGGGAAUGAUGCAUACUUUGAUAAAAUUAAACUAAUCAUGAAUGAAAUCUAUAACAACUCCAUGCCUAUCGAUGACACUAAACUUAAAAAUGAUUUAAACGAUACGCUUUUAUUGGUUAACGAUCUUAAUAAUGCUCAGACGGCUACAUACUCAACACAAUAUUAUCAGCAACACUACAAUGAUUUCAAAUUUAAAGUCAAAGAUUUAAGUGGACAAUUUCCAUCAUUUAAUUGGUUAAAGUUAUUAACAAAAUUGUUUCCAACUCUUGAUGCCGAGGACACAGUAUUUAUUCCCGACAUAAACUUCGUACAAAAAUUUGGACAAAUUAUUGCUCAAACAGAUAAAAAGGUCCUAGCUAAUUAUUUUGCCAUUACUCUUGUAUCUCAAUUGGGAGAUUACACGACCCCUAAAAUGCAUGAAAUUUUAUAUAACGAGAAAUUGGAUGCACCGGAAAUACUGCCAAACAUAUGCUAUCAGGCAUUAGAGGAUAAACUACCUGACCUUUUAGGCCGUCUCUUUGUGGACACGUAUUUCAAUCGCCAUAGAAAUGAGGCGAUGAGUGACAUGAGAGAGAUAACCUCUUUAGUCCACCAGACGUUUGCCAAAUCUAUUUAUGAUAACGAAUGGAUGGACACGACCACCAAAAUAGAGGCCAUGAAUAAAAUCAUUCAUAUCUCAGAAAACAUUGCAUAUCCCGAGUGGACAAUGAAUGACCAGUUGUUGCUACAGUAUUAUGACUCGUACAGCGAUAUAUCGGUUAACGAUUUCUUUACAUCAGCUCUCAAUGUAAUUGAAGCCAAGAAAAUGCAGACAUUUAAUUUUCCAGCUGCGAUAGCCCAGUACCCUUUCUAUUUGAUGCACCGACCCGUUGCUAUGAAUUUGGGCUCAAUUGGGAUGAUUAUGGCUCAUGAGAUGACACAUGCACUCGACCUCCAGGGAAGUCUUUUCGACUAUAAGGGAGAUCUAAGAAACUGGUGGACAAACACUACACGAGAAAUAUUUCUCAAUAAAAGCGAGAAUAUUGCGGACAAUGGAGGUAUUCGUGAGGCAUAUCGUGCUCUUAAAGAAUACCAAAUACGAAAACCGGGAGAGUUUCAAAGAUUACCCGGGGUUAUGGAAAAAUUCACCGAGGAGCAAUUGUUUUUCAUAUCAUUUGCUAACAUGUGGUGCUCCAACUACCAGAGCGAUGCCAUUGCGGACACCCUUCGGAAACAGCCGCACCCGCCGGAGUCGGUGAGAGUGAACGGAUCGUUAGCCAACUUUGACAGGUUUACCGAAGCGUUUCACUGCAAACCGGGAUCUAAAAUGUUUAGAAAACCAGAAGAGAGAUAUCAAUGA